GAUUAAAUCGUCAUCUAACGGAUAUAAAUCCCAAAUCCUACUUGUAUCGUUUAUCCUCUUUUAGCUGUUGUUGUUUUUGUUGCGCGUUCAAUCGAUUCGAACAUAAUAUUACUAAUUGUAAUAAUUCAUAAAGUUAUUAUUUACAAUUGAAAAUUAUAUCCGGCCAAAAGUAUUACGGUACAAUUAUGAACCGAUUUCAGGCCGAUUGUGAAUUAUGUUUUUUCUAACCAAAUUUUGAAUCCGAAAAUAACAACAAGACUACACCGUUUUGGCGAACUACAAUAUUAUUAUACUUUGAAAUUUCCUCAUCAUCACAAACCAGUAAAAAUGAGUGGCAAACAAAAGAAAAUGGGAGAUUAUGUGUCCUCGACAAAAGACAAUUCGAAAAAACGUAAUCGUGAUAACGAAGGCGAUGACUCUGCGGCCAAAAAAUUGAAAUCGAGUCAAGUCGAUUUGGAUAGUUUAAAUUUCAAAUGUGACAAGAAAUCUUUGAGCAACAAAGUUUGGAAUACAAAAAUCGUAUCAUGGAAUGUUGCCGGAUUGAGAGCGUGGCUUAAGAAAGAUGUAUUGGGUUAUCUAAAUAAAGAAAACCCAGACAUUUUGUGCUUACAAGAAACGAAAUGUACGGAAAAACAAAUGCCCGAAGAUGCAAAACUACCGGGAUACAAAUUUUAUCUCAACACUGCCAGUAAAGCUGGAUACUCUGGAGUGGCUUUGUACUCAAAAAAGAAACCCCUAAAUGUACGCAUGGGCAAGGAAAUCAAAGAACUGAAUGACGACGAAGGCCGUGUUAUAGAAGCCGAAUACGAUGACUUUAUUCUAGUGGCCACUUAUAUUCCAAACUCCGGACAAGGGUUGAAAACAUUGCCGAAACGAAUGAAAUGGGACGAAGAAUUUAGAAACUAUUUGAAAGGAUUGGACGCAAAAAAACCAGUCAUACUGACAGGAGAUUUAAAUGUCGCGCACAAAGAAAUAGAUCUUAAAAAUCCUUCCACAAACACUAAGACUGCCGGAUUCACCCAAGAAGAAAGAGAUAACAUGUCGUUAUUGCUCAAGCAAGGAUUUGUGGACACGUUUAGACAGUUAUAUCCCGAUCUGGAAGGGGCGUACACAUUUUGGACCUACUUUAGUAACGCCCGAGCUAGAAAUUGUGGAUGGAGAAUUGAUUACUUUAUUGUGUCCGAUAGGCUUAAGGAAAGCAUUUGCGAUAACGUCAUAAGACAUGAAGUUUUGGGCAGUGAUCAUUGUCCUAUUGUGCUGUAUGUUAGCGUAUAAUAAAUAAAACGUAGCUAAGUCGAGCUGUAUUAUUUCCGUAGAAUGAAUUUUUAAUUAUUCUCUAUCAUUUUUUUAAAUUUUUUUCUUAAUUAUAUAUUAUUUUUACAUAACCGAAUCUGGAGUACAAAUAAUAAAACGUUGGACGUAUAAUAGACAUGAAAAUGUUUUCUGAAUUGUUUAUUUUGUACCCAAUGUUUUUGUUACUAAAAUAGUAUUUACGUUUUGUAUUGUAAGUUACUAUUAACGACUUUUUGAUUUUUCAAUAUAAAACCGGUAUAUUUAUUUCACUUAUAUUUAGAUUGUUAAAAUUAAGAAUUACAUUUAUGUACACUAACA